GAACAAUACAUUCAUUUUCUCUCAUCAAAUUAUCAUACCGAUGGCUCGUACCAAGCAAACUGCCAGGAAAUCAACCGACGGCAAAGCUCCACGUAAGCAGCUAGCCACGAAGGCCGCUAAUAAGUCAGCUCCGGCGACCAGAGAAGUAAAGAAGCCGCACCGUUUCAGACCAGGAACCGUGGCUCUAAGGGAAAUCCGGAAAUACCAUAAGAGCACUGAGCUCCUGAUCCGAAAGCUUCCGUUUCAGAGGCUAGUCAGGGAAAUCGCUCAAGAUUUCAAGACUAACCUGAGGUUCCAAAGCAGUGCCAUCGCCGCUCUUCAAGAAGCUGCCGAGGCUUAUCUCGUCGGUCUGUUUAAGGAUACCAACUUUUGUGCAAUUCAUACGAAGAGGGUUACGAUUAUGCCUAAGGAUAUCCAGCUUGCUCGGAGGAUUCGAGGCGAGAGGGCUUAGAUUUGUUUGUUUAUCAGUUUUUCAAUGUCUAGAAUUCGAGAUCUAUGCUUUUGUUCAUCUUAUUGUAUUUGCUCUCUCUGCAAAUUUUUAAUGUAAAUCAGUAGAAUUGUAGUGGAUUUAUGGUUUUGUGAUUUCACCAUGGAAUUCGAUUAAUGAAAUCAGAUUAGUUUCUUCA